ACAGCGGCCGCUGGAGCCCGCGCAGCCGCGGAGUCCAGAGUCCCAGCGCAGCAGCUGGGAGCCGCCUGGGGAUGCUGGUAGCCCAGGCAUGCCGCCUAGGACAGAAUCGUCCUCUCUCAGCCGGGGAGCAAGGUGGGGAAAAAGUGAACUCAUGUGAACAGCUGGGGUGAGGUAGCAGUUGUCCGUGACCUCCUCCCGGGGAUGAGACUGGCUGCGUGUGAAAGUCUGUGGUCACCACCAUGCAGACCGGCAGCCUGUGGGUGAUUGUCUUCUCGUGGGCUGCGCUAACCGUUUGUGCUCCUCCUCCUGUCUGUGAUGUGCUCCGAGAGCUGCAGAGCGCCGAAGACCAGUGCCUUCAGGAACUGUCAAAAGAAGGGAAGAACAAUUCUGAAAAUGAGCAGCUCAUAUCAGGCUGCCCAGGACUAUGGGACAACAUGAUUUGCUGGCCCUCCUCUUCUGCCGGACAGACAGUGAGGGCUGAAUGCCCGAAAUUCCUCCAAAUGCUCACUGGCAAAAAUGGUAAUGUAUUUCGAAACUGUACUCAAGAUGGCUGGUCUGAAACCUUCCUCAGAACUGAUACUGCCUGUGGGUAUGAUGUGAAUGACACCAGCAAUGAUGAGCGGUAUUCCUCCUUAUUGAAGCUGAAAGUCUUGUACACUGUGGGCUACAGCAUCUCCUUGGUGAUGCUCUUCAUUGCUCUGGGAAUUCUCAUUGCCUUCAGGAAACUCCACUGUACCCGCAACUACAUCCACAUGCACCUGUUUGUGUCCUUUAUCCUGAGGGCCUUGUCCAACCUCAUCAAAGAUGCAGUGCUGUUCUCCUCCAAUGACAUUGCCUACUGUGAUGAACAUACGGUUGGCUGUAAAACCCUCAUGACCUUCUUUCAGUACUGUAUCUUGACCAACUACAGCUGGCUGCUGGUAGAAGGCCUCUAUCUGCAUACCCUUCUGGUCAUCUCCUUCUUCUCAGAAAAGAAGGUUCUCCAAUACUUUAUCAUCUUUGGAUGGGGUUCUCCAGCAGUUUUUGUUAUACCAUGGGCAGUCACUCGGCGCUUGCUGGAAAACGAUGGGUGCUGGGACAUUAAUGCCAACCCAUUCAUCUGGUGGAUCAUUCGGGGACCUAUAAGUGUCUCCAUCCUGGUUAAUUUCAUCCUUUUUGUGAAUAUUCUAAGGAUUCUAAUGAAAAAGCUCAAAACCCCAGAAAUGAGAGGAAAUGACAUGAGUCAUUACAAGCGGCUGGCCAAGUCCACCCUUCUGCUGAUCCCCCUCUUUGGUAUACACUAUAUUAUCUUUGCUCUUUACCCUGAAGAUACCAUGGAGAUAAAGCUGUUUUUUGAGUUGGCACUUGGCUCAUUUCAGGGUUUGGUGGUGGCUGUCCUUUACUGCUUCCUCAAUGGGGAGGUGCAGCUGGAGAUCCAGAGAAAAUGGCGGCAGCGGCACUUGAAUAACUGGUUCUGGACACGUCCAUCCCUGAGUUCCUCCUUCAGCAGUGGAGCCAGUGGCCUCACCCACAUGACUAAAACCAGCUCAUUGGAGCAGGGCAGAGGAACUGCCUGGAAAGCCAGUGUCAUCUGAGAGACCAGGGGCUAGGUGGAUGGGAGAGGUAUUGGUGGGGGGACUGAGCACAUCGACAGGCACUGGACUGCUCUGGAAAGGUGUGAGGGACAGUAGGUGUCAGUAGAGAUAGGGCUCUCUGAGAGGUCACCGCACUCUAUGGAGUCAUUGAGACUUCGGAAUACCUUCCAUCGUGACAAUUUUCAUGUUCCCAGCCUGGGUCUACUUCCUUUUGCUUUUUCCUUUCUUUAGAGUGUCAGUUCCUGAUCUCACUUGGUUACCUCCCUCCCUCGGUUCUUGGUCGGGCCUUUCUGAGAUAGAAGAAAAGGAAUCCCCAAAGCAAAGAAAUUACUAUUGUGUUGAGCACGUGCAGAGGAAGAUGGCUGGGAUGGAGAAGAGACUUGAAGACAUGUUAGAGGAAGAAUGAUGGAAGGAUCUGUAUAUUUUCAGGAAAAUAACUGUUUUCAAAUAUUUGAAGGGCUGUCUCAUGGAAGAGAGAGUAUAUCUGACCUAUGUGUGUGGUUCCAUGGGCAAAACUAAAACCAACUGGUGUAAGUUACAAAUAUACAAAUUUUGGCUCAGUGUAAGAACUUUUUGGCAAGGAUAGCUGUCCAAGAACAGAAUGGGCUGCCUAGUGAUAGCAAAAUGACCAGUUGUCAGAGAUUACAAUAGUGGAAAUUCAUGUACUCAGGAUCAAGUUGGACUGAAUGACCUCUGAGACUCCCCCCACCCCCCACCAGAUUCUGUGAUUUUGUCUGGAGGCAAGGGGAGAGUAAGUUCAGUAGGGAUAGUUGGGGUGCUAUCUCUAGGUCCCAGUUGAGAUAUCUGGACAUUUGGAAAGUGGAAGCUGCUGAAAACCAGCAGCCUGUUACAACGAGGGCUCUAUUUAGUGCUUUACAACUGAAGGGGAAGAGAAGGAUGUGUUAAUAAAUCUUGACAGUGGUAGUGAUUCAUUCUUUAUUAUAGGAAAAAAGACAUUCUGGGGUACUUGGAGGAAGGAAUUGAGAAUGCCAGGUUUCUUCUUACUCUCUUAGGAAUUGGACCAUGAUGGAAAGGCCCGUUCACCUUUACAGACCUCACCAUCUUUCUCCCCCUUUAUACACAUAGCAGAAGAGUCAGAGAAGCCUUUUGAAUCAUGCGAUUCUUCUCCCUAUCCAUUCCCAGCCCUUGCAAAAUAGUGAAGAGGUGAAUUUGGUCUCCAGCCCUCUUCUGUCUCUCCCUCUCCUCAUCUUGCACCUUUAUCUGGGUCCCAUGCUACCCUCUCAAGCCACCUACUGUUACCAUGGUCACCCCCCCCAUCAUUGUAAUUUACCUGAUUUGUAUUCUGUCCCUCACUCUCCCUGGGCUGUCCAAGGUGACAACUAAUGUAGUGAUGUAAUAAAAGACAGGAAGUGAA